AUGGCAUCACGAAAGAAGGUCUUGUUGAAGGUCAUUAUCCUUGGAGAUAGCGGUGUUGGAAAGACCAGUUUGAUGAACCAAUAUGUCAACAAGAAGUUCAGCGCUAGUUACAAGGCAACAAUCGGAGCCGACUUUCUCACAAAAGAAGUGCUUGUAGAUGAUCGACUGGUGACGAUGCAGCUCUGGGAUACGGCCGGUCAAGAGCGCUUCCAGUCCCUCGGUGUCGCAUUCUACCGCGGAGCCGAUUGCUGUGUUCUAGUAUACGACGUCAACAACUCCAAGAGUUUCGAAGCGCUCGACAGCUGGCGAGACGAAUUCCUCAUCCAAGCUAGCCCCCGAGACCCUGAAAGCUUUCCAUUUGUUGUGAUUGGUAAUAAAAUCGACGUGGAAGAGAACAAGAGGAUGAUCUCAUCGAAGCGAGCCAUGACAUUCUGCCAAUCGAAAGGAAGCCUUCCCUACUUCGAGACCAGUGCCAAGGAAGCACUCAACGUCGAGCAGGCAUUUGAGGUGAUUGCUCGUAGCGCGCUUGCACAAGAGGAAUCGGAAGAAUAUGGCGGGGGAGAUUUCGGUGACCCAAUCAACAUUCGACUCGACAGCGAUCGUGAUGGCUGCGCUUGCUAG